UUUAACUAAUGGGCUCAUCGUGUAGUGGUCACUCAGAUGUCAAGCAAUCAAGAAGGAUACAACCGAUCGAUGCUGGCUUCGGAGCAGGUAAAGCAUUUAUGAAGAGAGAACUGAAAGAACUAGCAGGAAAGAAGAAGACUAAGGCGAAUUUAAAAGCAUGGAAAAACAUGUUCGGAGAGUAUAUUAUGGAUUACAAUCGCGCUGAUUUGUCCUUCAGGCGAAAUCCUGAGAAGUUUAGAAAGCUCUGAGCCAAAGGAAUCCCAACUAAGUAUAGAUGGGAGGUUUGGAUGGCACUCCUUGAGGUGAACGAUCUUCUAUCGGAAGAUCGGUAUUUUCAAUAUCUUGAUGAAGUUGGUGAAAUUGAUGAGGAAAACGAUCAAACUAUGCGCCAAAUAAUUCUUGAUGUUAACCGUUCAUUCACUUGGCACCCUUAUUUUGAUAAAAAUGUGAAUAAAGAAGGUUUAAUUAAGCUUAAAAGAUGCCUUGAAGCCUAUUCAGCCUACAACCCAAAGAUUGGUUAUACCCAAGGCAUGAACUACAUCAUGGGAUUUCUUCUUCUCAUUUCUGGAGGUAAAGAAGUAGAAGCCUUUUGGUUCUUUGUUUCUCUAACAGAAGGAAGAUCAGGAACGUUUUAUCCAGGAAUAGAACAGUUAUACACAGAAGGAUUUCCUCUUUACUACCAAUACGUGGAAGUAUUUGAUGAAAUGUUUGAAGAGGAAAUCCCCGACCUCAAGGCAUACUUCGAUAGUUUAGACUUCAGAGGUCCUAUCUGGCUACAGAAAUGGUUUAUAACCAUGUUUUUAUACUCAUUUCCUCUAGCAUAUUGCGUUCGAAUUUGGGACAAUAUAUUCUCAGAAGGCCCAAUAUUUAUCUUCAAAAUGAUCCUUUCUGUAAUAUCUGACCUGAAGAGUGAAUUGUUGAAAUGUGAUUUGGAGCAACUGAACUCUAUUAUCUCUGGAUUCAACAGCGGGAAAAACUGAAAUACAAUGGAAAAGAAUGCUUCAAUGCUUUCAAGUGUUGAAAGACUUAUUGAGAGUGCUCGCAGCAUCUCUGUUACACUUCCAGACUUAAAUACUACGAAGUCUGAAAUUGAAGAGUAAGAUAAGAGUAAUGUCAAAUUAAUUUUCUAGCAAUAAGCCUAGCCUAAGCUUGCAGAGGUUCCAUAUUAAGCUCAAGAACCCACCAAGUGCAGGCAUAGACUCGCUAGUCUUUUAUUUAAAUACCAUAUUUCUG